AUGAGGACCUCUUCCAUUCUGCUUCCCAAGAAGUUGUCAGCUGACAAGGUCUGGAAAGCGGUACCACUGCCUCAGCAGUUCCAUACAUCCCUUGAAACUGGAGACUGGAUGCGAGCGUUGCAUGUCUACCAGCGUCAUCCGUAUCACGCUCCACCUGUGGACACCUUUGAUCUCUUAAAGGCGAUUAUGCACGCAACCGGUGUGCGUGUUGAUGAUGUGAAGAGCCGUUUCAAUGAAAAAAUACGGCUAUCAGCUAUACUUCAGAGAAAAGCACCUGAUGAAGUGGAGUGGAGCGUAUUCUGGGAGGCCCUUAAUAAGGGAGAUUCCAAAACGAUUAGCGCCGCACUCAUGGGGGCCCGUUUGUCAAGUGCAGGACAGCAAAUAGCUACUGCUGAAGCUUGUGCUGUUCUUCUUAAAUCUGCUGGUGCAGACUGGGAGUCUAAACUGGUAGAUAGCGUUCCCUUUGCUACUGUAACACGUUGUAAUCUCGUUCAUGUGGCAUUGCUACAAGAGCGGUGGGAUGUUGCAGUAGAGCUGCUGCGUAAUGUGCGUAUUAAUCGCAGCGAUGUGAUGACCCUAUGGCCUCUAAUUGAGCAGCUUGACUGGGAAAAAGUCCUUCUUCUAAUAUCGGCGUGUCCAAAGAAUUCGGUACCGUUUGACUUAGCACUACGUCACAUUCUGCGUGGAGGCUGUGGUCUUCAGUACCUCUCGGAACAUCUGGAGAAUGCACGUGUUCUCGGUGAUGCAGAUGUAGUGGCACCACUGCUUGCCCAUGCGGUGGAAAUCGGAGAUUGGGAUUUUAUUAGCAGAGGAAUGGAACAUCUUGUUGAUAUCGGACAAAUUACACAGCCAGCGCGCGAAGUGCUUGAACACAUGGGAAAAAUCCACGGUAUGGAGAAGGUGUGUAAACGUUUGGAAGAGCAUCGCAUACCACUUCACUGUGUGACAGUUGAAAACCUGGAGAGUCUCAAACUGUGA